AUGUCGGAAAACACUAAAGUCGAAGCGAAGAGAGUGUUCAUAGGAGCAGGAUGCAACAGAGUCGUCAACAACGUCUCUUGGGGAGCUUCUGGUCUUGUCUCCUUCGGUGCCCAAAACGCCGUUGCUAUUUUUGCUCCUAAGUCCAUGUUCUGUGGUUUAGUUUCUGUGAAAGCCAAGCAUUUGGACCGACAUUAUCUGCUAUCAGGUGAUACAGAUGGUAUCAUCAUCCUUUGGGAACUUUCGACUGUCAAUAACAAUUGGAGACAUGUACUACAACUACCACAGUCACACAAGAAAGGUGUGACUUGCAUCACUGCGUAUAUAGUUUCUGAAACCAGUGCAAUGGUUGCUUCUGCUUCUUCAGAUGGAGUUGUUAAUGUCUGGGAUGUUUCCUUUCCUUCUCAGUCUAGUGAGGAAUGUAAAGUUUCAUGUCUGGACUCCAUCGUUGUCGACUCUAAAGCAAUAGUAACGCUUUCAUUAGCCGAAUUGCCUCAAAAUCCUGGUAGAUUUGUCCUCGCUUUGGGCGGGUUGGACAACAAAAUCAAACUUUACUGUGGAGAAAGCACAGGAAAGUUUACUUCUGUUUGUGAGCUUAAAGGCCACACAGACUGGAUUCGGAGUCUGGACUUCUCACUACCGUUACACUCAACAGAAGAAACCAGUAACAGUAUUAUGCUUGUGAGCUCUUCUCAAGACAAGGUCAUCCGAAUCUGGAAGCUUGUGUUAGUCGGUGAUGCUGGCUCGUGGAGAAGAGAGAUCACUCUAGCUUCUUACAUUGAAGGACCCGUUUUCGUCUCAGGGAGUUUCACAUAUCAGAUAUCUGUUGAAUCUGUUCUGAUUGGACAUGAAGAUUGGGUCUAUUCAGUGGAAUGGCAACCUCCAGUCAUCGAUCACCACCAACCGCUGAGCAUUUUGUCUGCUUCAAUGGACAAGACGAUGAUGAUAUGGCGACCUGAGAAGAACACAGGUGUGUGGGUGAACGUUGUGUGUGUAGGAGAGCUUAGUCACUGUGCUCUUGGUUUCUACGGUGGCCAUUGGAGUCCUGAUGGUGCGUCGGUUCUUGCUCAUGGAUACGGAGGAUCUUUUCAUCUCUGGAGAAAUGUAAGCAGCAGCAAAGAGUCUGAGAACUGGCUGAUGCAGAAAGUCCCUUCAGGUCAUUUUGCUGCUGUGACUGAUAUCACUUGGGCUAGAUCCGGCGAGUACUUGCUUUCCGUGAGCCAUGAUCAGACGACUCGUGUGUUCUCAUCAUGGAAGAGUGAUGAAGGGAAUGGAGAAGCAGAGGAUGAGCAUUGGCAUGAGCUGGCUCGUCCUCAGGUUCAUGGUCAUGAUAUUAACUGUGUGGCUAUGGUGCAAGGUAAAGGGAACCACCGUUUUGUAAGUGGAGCAGAGGAGAAAGUUGUGAGAGUGUUUGAGGCUCCUCUAUCUUUCUUGAAGACACUGAACCACACUUGUGCUGGAGGAGAAGGAAGCUUCCCUGAGGAUUUACAAGGAGAUGUUCAGGUUCUUGGCGCUAAUAUGUCUGCUCUUGGUUUAUCACAGAAACCUAUCUACUUACACUCUUCUAAUGAACCGGUGGAGAGAAAUGGCGGAGGAGAAGGCUUGGAAACAUUUGAAACGGUUCCAGAGGCUGCUCCAGUGGAGUUGAAAGAGCCUCCAAUCGAAGAUCAGCUUGCGUUUCAUACUUUAUGGCCAGAAUCUCAUAAACUCUAUGGUCAUGGUAAUGAGCUCUUUUCUCUCUGCUCUAACCACAACGGAAGUCUUGUUGCUUCAUCCUGUAAGGCUCAGUCUGCAGCCAUGGCGGAAAUAUGGCUGUGGGAGGUUGGGACAUGGAAAGCUGUCGGACGUUUGCAAUCUCACAGCUUGACAGUUACACAUUUGGAGUUCUCUUAUGAUGACACUCUGCUCUUGUCUGUCUCCAGAGAUCGUCACUUCUCAGUCUUCUCUAUCCAAAGAGCAGACAAUGGCGAGGUUAGUCAAAAACUCAUGGCAAAGGUUGAAGCACACAAGAGGAUCAUUUGGGCAUGUUCAUGGAACCCAUUUGGCCACCAGUUUGCAACUUCAUCAAGGGACAAGACUGUGAAGAUCUGGUCCAUCGAGAAAGACGCUCGCAUCAAACAGAUUCUUGCGUUGCCUCAGUUUGGGAGUAGUGUCACUGCCGUGGCUUGGACGGGACUAGACCGCAAGGAGAAGAGCGGGUGCAUAGCGGUUGGAAUGGAGAGUGGCCUUAGUCAAAAACUCAUGGCAAAGGUUGAAGCACACAAGAGGAUCAUUUGGGCAUGUUCAUGGAACCCAUUUGGCCACCAGUUUGCAACUUCAUCAAGGGACAAGACUGUGAAGAUCUGGUCCAUCGAGAAAGACGCUCGCAUCAAACAGAUUCUUGCGUUGCCUCAGUUUGGGAGUAGUGUCACUGCCGUGGCUUGGACGGGACUAGACCGCAAGGAGAAGAGCGGGUGCAUAGCGGUUGGAAUGGAGAGUGGCCUGAUAGAGCUGUGGAGCGUAAAGAUUAGCGAAACAGAGGAAGGUACAACAACAGCAACAGCAGCGCUUGCUCUGCGGCUCGAACCGUUCAUGUGUCAUGUCUCGGCUGUGAACCGGUUAGCAUGGAGACCAACCGAGAAAUCUGAGACUAACCAGGGCUUGCUAAGGUUAACUUCUUGUGGAGAUGAUAAUUGUGUCAGAGUUUUUGACUUCAAGUUUUGA